AUGACAAGAUUUAACGAGAAAAGACUUCAAAUACCCAACCUUCACAUUACAGCAAUAGUUUCUGCCCUCACCUAUGCCAUAAGGUGUGAGGUUUUCAAAAUGUCUUUAUCAAAGACCCUACCACAGACAGUGACCGAGCUCCUUAACCGAGUAGAAAAGUACAUUAAUAUGGAGGAAACAUUGAAUCUAAGGAGAGCUAGUCAUUCUCAUGAAAAGGUCGAAAAUAAGAGGCAACAUGAUCCCAUUCCUCGGCACGAGCUUCCUCAGGAUAAGCACAGGAAUGAGGCGCCGUCAGCACCUCUCACUCGGUUAAACACCUCUAAGACAAACAUCUUGAUGGAGAUUAAGGAUAUGAAAAAAUUAAAGUGGCCUUCAAGAGGAUUUUUAAAGAAUUACAUUAGUCAUGAUAAACGCUCGAGGAAUGACCGUGACAAUCGGAAAGAGCCUAGAGCCGGAAGCAGUGCUCAACCCACUGCCGGGACCAUUAAUAUUAUCGUUGGGGGCAUAGCAUCUGGAGGAGACACAAAUAGUAGGCGAAAGCAAUAUGCCCGCCAGCAUGCUCAUACCCCAAGAGAAUCCCGUGAUGAAGAUAAAGACAUCACUUUUGGAGCAAGAGAUUUGGAAGGAAUAUCAUAUCCUCAUGACGAUGCCUUGGUCUUCUCUGUAAUUGUGGCUAACUUUGAAGUUAAUAGGAUUCUCGUUGAUAAUGGGAGUGCAGCAAAUAUACUCUCGCAGGAAGCUUUCGCCGAAAUGGGGUCUCUCCCAAACAGCUCAAAGCAGUGA